CAUUCCACUCAGAGCUCGAGAAACUGUUUUACACUGAAAUGUCUUCUUACCCUGUAUGCAAAUUUGAGCGCUAAAUCGGAGUGUCAUUUUAAGCCUUGUACUUUGACAAAUGUCAGCGCCAAGUAGCUAGCUUCGUCGAAUUAGGAAAAAUCGUAGGUGUUAUCAGAAGUGUACUUAUAAAGUUAAAACUUCAAAAAAAAACCCUCAGAGAAGGAUGCAGAGCAUGAAGUUGGGUUCUAACUGUACGCCCGGCCGCCAACCAUCAGCGGGUGGGGGGACCUUGCCGCUCCACCAUCACAUCCCAUCAAACGAGACGGCAACCAUUUCCAGUGUCAGCCUUCCGGUACACAUGAACAACGGGUACUGCAGACGCAUGCCUUCCUAUCCAUCAGAAUCUAACAACCUACAUCUACAGAACCGACUCUUUUGUGAGGACCAAACGAACAGGUCUUUCUAUCGUGGCGGUUGUGCAAUUUACUCUUCGGAUAAUGUGGAGGUCGGCGCAAAGCAGGCCUCCUUGCAGCAACCGUUUAUCAACAUCUCUGUUGAUCCUGUCAAAGAGAACAGGUGGUUAGAGAAAGAAGUCUCUAACAGCAAAGAUGGUCUCUACCCUAUCAAGAACUCUAACACCGACGCUUACAUGCUCCAAAUGCCCCUUAGUCGCCGUACAGAGGAAGCUGCCAGUAAUCUCGAACAGGCUGUCAACGGCACCAUAUCAUCUGAUCAGGAGUUAACAAAGCAAAUCCCCACAAAAGACAAGAAUGGUUUGGCCAUCACUCAUUCAGAGAAAAUCGGUGAAGUCUUAACGAUAGAACAUAGGGACGAUGGACGCAGCUUAGUGGAUGUGAAACCCACAUUGUCUUACAUCGGACUGAUAGCCAAGGCGAUAAUGGAAAGUCCACAAAGCCGCCUAAGUUUAGGGUCUAUAUAUACUUGGAUAGAGAGUAACUACCCAUAUUAUAGGAACCGAGGACAAGGUUGGAGGAAUUCUGUGCGACAUAACCUUUCCCUUAACGACUGUUUCAUCAAAGCGGGCAGGUGCGAGGACGGCAAAGGAAACUACUGGGCAAUACACCCGGCAAACCUGCAAGACUUCCUAAGGGGGGAUUUCCGCCAGAGACGACGCUCCAGACGCCGCGGAAGAAGGAAGGAAACAGAUCUCGGAAUGUUUCACAUGGCUCCGAACGGCUACAUUGGUGCCGUUGCUUCCUCCCUUCCUCCUGGAGUUGCCUUCAAUUCACCGCCCCCCAUCAACUCGCUGUACUCGCCCUACACCGAAGCGGAGCGGCGUGCAUACAGGCUGGACGAGGCACUCCUCAGACAGAGUAUGAACAAUCCAUUUGUGAAAUGGUACAAUGGGACGAACGGUAGCUAUCCUGGCUCAACCCCCAACUCGUCUAUGUACCCAUCGUCCCUUACCCAGUGGCAAGCUUACCACGACGGUACAUCGCCAACUAUGUAUCAGUUCGCUGGCUUUUCCACUACUAGAUAGUGAAAGGUAGGAGUAGGUACGGCUAAAUCGUCUAACAGCGCACCGAUGCCCACGUCUCAGUGUUAUCCAAUGCAGUAUCAUGUGUAUGAACUCUCUUUUGAAUUUGAAUAUUGAUUCUGGAUUCUGUCUCAGGGAAGACCCUUCAUAAAAUGACGACCAGCAAAAAUGAAAACGUAAAAAGUGACGGUUUCACUUUUUUUCAGUAAGAUUUAAAAAACAUGCAUGCGUCACCACAAACACAACCUAAGGCAUGUGCAUUAUAGGAAAAUAUUAAUUUUGAAACGAUGUGUAUACAUAUAUCCAAAAGUUUCGCAUCGGUUCACAGCGUUUUAUUAACAUUCUUAUCAGCUUCGAAUACUUAUACUGUUGAUUUAUUUUACAGGUGUACGCGUACCUGCAGACUAAUAGUCAUAACGUAUAUAAAACACACUUCGCUGUCAUGCACACUGAGACAACUAAAUAAAUGCUCAGACGUUUCAGCCUCUUUCAUUUUCUUUAGAUUCAAGUAGCCAAAGGUUUGAUUUCCAUUAAUUUAAAAAGUGCAUCAAAUAGAAACAUACCUUUGUCAAGGUGUAUUUAAAGCCAUCAUAUCAAAAUUUCGGACCUCAUGCACAUUCACUCACAGACGCAUGAAGUUAGUAAAUAUUCUUCGACUAGUGUCAUACGUAUGUUGUGUGAUAUUAUUUCAGUCAUUGCUUAUACAGGAAUGUCUCUUUUUGUCAAAUUGUCUAUAAAAUGAGAUAUAACGAAUCAAUUUAAGAAGUGAGAAUACUUAUACAAAAUAUUCUUGAUACGAUUAUGGUUAACAAAGUUGUCUGAUGUUGCUUUGUCAAAUAAAUG